AUGGAAGGCUGCAAUCCAAUCUCGACUCCAAUGGAACCCGGAGCCAAGCUUUCAAAAUUUAAUGGGGGAGAACGUGUCGAAGCAAACAAAUUUCGAAGCUUGGUUGGAAGUCUUCGAUAUCUCACAUGCACAAGACCAGAUCUUUCGUUGAGUGUUGGAAUUAUAAGUCGAUUUAUGGAAGAACCAGUCUACACGCAUUGGAAGGCUUUGAAAAGAAUUCUUCGUUACGUCCAAGGAACUGUGUCACUUGGAAUGUUUUACUCAAGAGCAGAAGAUUACAAACUAACUGGCUACUCCGACAGCAAUUGGUGUGGAGAUAUAGACGAUCGAAAGAGUACAUCAGGAUAUGUAUUUUUCAUGGGAAAUAUAGCUUUCACCUGGCUCUCAAGGAAACAACCAAUUGUGACGCUGUCAACAUGUGAAGCAGAAUACGUGGAAGCAUCUUGGUGUCUAUGCCAUGCAAUAUGGCUUAGAAGACUAUUGAGCGAACUGGAACAAAAACAAGAAAAUGCAACAAUAGUGCAAGUCGACAACAAAUCUGCAAUUGAGCUGGCAAAGAAUCCAGUGAAUCAUGAAAGAAGCAAACACAUUGAUGUUCGCUACCACUUUAUUUGA